UAUUUCACGAUUUUAAAAGUUUAGAUUUAGGUCCUCCUUCCCUAACUCUUUCAAUCGUUUGCUUCUUCUUUCUUUCUGCGUCUCAGACUCGAAUCUCUGAAAAUCAGAAAAAGAAAAAAGAAAAAAAAGAAAAAUGCAAGGGGAAGGAGGAGAAGAGCUAACCAUAGAGGAGCUCGCCUCCAAUCUCUCCACAUACAAAGAGCAGCUUCAACAGGUCAAGGAGGUUUUAGCUCAUGACCCUGGAAACUCCGAGUAUGCUGAUGUGGAAAGAGAGCUCCAUGAGGUAAUAGCCAUGACAGAAGAACUACUUGCAACUGCCAAGCAAAAUCAGAAUUUUGGAUUAGAAAUUGGAACAAGGGGUAGUGCGUCUCCUAGUUUUCCCCAAUCUCAGAAGAGUGAAAACGAUGCAGGAAGCAUUUCUGAUUAUCAUGACAAAUUUGCUCCUGGUACAAAAGUUCAAGCUGUUUGGAGUGAAGAUGGGGAGUGGUAUGAAGCAACAAUUGAUUCUCUUACUCCAAAUGGGUAUUAUGUUACAUAUGAUGGCUGGGGGAAUAAAGAAGAGGUGGAUCCAGCCAAUGUAAGGCCAAUUCAAGAAGGGGCUGUCAAUGCAUUGUUGGAAGCGGAAAAAGUUGCUGAAGCUACAAAACAAGCAAUCAAAAGGAAAAUUGCACAAGCUGCUUCUGUUGACUUCCAAUCACGAAGCCUACCGGCAAAGCUUCGUAUAGAACCGGAUGAUCCUGAGGAUGUGAAAAUUGCCAAACGCAAGAAGAUACAUGCUUUUAAGUCAAAAAUGAGGAUGGAGCAGUUGGAAGUCACUCAGAACAAGCGUCAAAAUGCUUGGCAGCAGUUCCAAACUACCAAAGGCAAGACUAAGAAGAGUGGUUAUUUAUCUGGACGCAAGCGGGAGAGUAUCUUCAAGUCUCCUGACGAUCCUUUUGGAAAGGUUGGGGUGACUGGCAGUGGGAAGGGUUUGACAGACUUUCAAAAGAGAGAAAAGCAUUUGCAUCUCAAAGGGGGAGCAGCUGAGAAUGAUGAUGAGGCUCCUUAGCUCCAAAUCUACCUUCCCUGUACCUAGUCAAAAAGGUCCAGUCUGAACUUGUUAGCUAAAAACCUUUGGUAGUAUUAAAACCUGUAAUGCUCUUACGACUGUGGUUAUUGUUGCUGUAAUAGUUUGCUUCUCCUAUUGAAUAUGUGUUUUUGUCUAUAAAUGAAUGAACGGUUUCAUAUCA